AUGACAGAUUAAAUUCCAGAUUAUAUAAAUUAUGAAGAUGAAUAUGAAAGAUAUUUCAAAUAUCUUGUUCCUGGACCAUUCCUUCAUGAUAUCAGUAUGACAGAAGCCAAAGAAUAUUUUUAUGUAAAUUCUAUUUAUUUAUAUUUAGAAUGAUCUUAUUACUCCUACUCUUAUUUAAUAUACACUCUAAUACAUCAAAAGUUAAAUCCGUAGAAAAACUACUACGAUUGAUACCAACAUUUUCGAUGAUGUUAAUCAAAUUUCUGCUAUUCGUUCAACAACUUCCAAAUAUUCAAUUGGUGUUACUGUUAAUUAGGAUUUAUUUACAGCAUUUCUUUGGGAUACUAAAAAUUAAGAAAUUCUUAUAUUUGGAAAAAAUACACUAAUUGAAAAAGCAUUUAAUGAUCAAAAAAUUAUUAGAAAUACUUUUUAAUCUAAGGAUUACAUCUCAAUCAUUGCUUAUGUCUUUAUUAAUGCUAUUAAUAAAGCUAAUUUGUAUUUAAAAUUCAAUUAAAGUUAAAAUUAAGCAUUAAUAAAAUGGGCGUUACUCAAAUAAUAUAGAUUAAAAUAAAUGAAAGAAAAUGGAGAAUCUUUUUCAAGAAUACUUGACGAUCAAUUUCUUUAGGAAGUCAAUAAAACUAACUAAUAAAAAAAUAACUCUAAUUCACAACAAAUAUCUUAAAUUGAACCUUCUAUUAAAUAAGAUAAUAUUUCAUAAUACAAGAGUAAUUCAUACAAUAAAAAUUCCUUCAAUCAUUCUUCACACAAUUACAUUUAAGGAAAUAGCUAAAUUUCUAAAUCUCACAUUUCCCUACCAUCUACUAGUAGAGUUGAUACUUUAAAAGAUUAAAUUUCAAUCAAAGAUUUUGUACAAGGUAUGGAGAAUAUUAAAAGUUAAAUUUUACUCGAUAUUCCUUCACCUGAUGAAUUGAAACCUAAAGAUUAUACUCUCAAACCUAUUAUUCCUUUCUUCUCUCCUGAAAAAGUGUUUCGUGUCAAAGUUGAAGAUUUAGAAGAACUUCUUAAGGAAUAAGUAAAAAAUACAAAAAAUUAAGAACCUAAUCCUACUGAUUAAUUAUAAUACUUAUUAACCUAUUAUUAACAAAACAAUCCAGAACAAUAUAAAAUACUUUUGAAUUAAUACUCUGAUUUCAUUCAUGAAAGAGUAAUUUUAAAUAUUAAAUUAGAUGUUUGAAGGUAUGGGAUUACCUACUUCAAAUAAAUCAUAAACUUAUAAAAUAUAACCUGAAUUUCUAUAAUAAUCAUAAAAACAAUCUAUUUAAAUCCCAAAACCAAAAUCAAUGCUCCUUCAAAAAUAACCCUAGAUGUAGCCAUAACUUUAUUAAGAGGAAAUUAUAGUAAUCAAAUACAAUAAAAAAAUUAAUAAAUAAGAAUUUGAAUUGCUCAAAUAAAAAUUAGUUCUUUCUUAAAAUAUCAUGGAAUUCUAUUUUUGUUAUUUAUAAGAAGAAUUCAAAAGAAUAUUAAUUUUUCCAAUAGAAUUUUAUAAUGUGCUUAGCCAAAACCCAUAAAAGUAUUUAUUACUACAAUUCUUAGAGCAUAGACUUUUACAGAUCAAUUUUAGGGGAAAAACAGAACAAUAUUCGAUUAAUUUGACAAAGUCUUUGUUCCAGUUAAAAUUAGUCAAUAUGAAUAUGUUGGAGUUUAUAUUGACUUUCAUAACAAGACUAUGUACUAUAUAAAUACUCUAGAGAGAAGAGAUAGUAAAAAUAAUUAUGAUAAAUAUAAAUAGGAAAGUAGCCCCCUUAUAAGGAAUUAGUGGAUUAGCCAGUUAUGCAUUUCAUAAUGAAAUUUAUAGAGAAUGAAUACAAUUUAAAAGUGAUGAGAGCAUUCAAUAUAUUUAAUUGGAGUAAUAUUAUAGUAUUGAUAAAAAUCAUAAGAAUUUGUAGAAUUCAUGAACGAAUAUGCAUAAAACUUUAACUAUAGUGGAUUGGUAUUGACAUAUGUGAUUGAUUCAAUAUGCAAUCAUAAAAGUGCAGUGGGUGACAAUCAAAUACUGAAAGAAUUUGCUUAGAAGAUAUUAGAAGCUAUUAGAAGAGCAGGGAGUAAGAAAUGAG